AUGAUAAUUGAGCUCGAAAGGAAAAAAGUCGACAGAUCAGUAUGCAGAUUAAUUAAUAGUUAUCUCACUGAUAGGCAAGUAAAAAUAACGUAUGCAGGCACCGAGGUAAUGCAACAAACUAACAAGGGGUGUAUACAAGGGUCAACCUGCGGACCUUUGCUGUGGAACCUCUUACUUGACCCACUACUAAGGGAGAUAGAAGAUCUAGGUACCCACAUACAGGCGUAUGCAGAUGACAUAUUGGUCAUAGCAAAAGGGAAAACAGCAAAGGAUCUAGAGUACGAACUAAACACAGCACUUGAUCACAUUCUUGCAUGGACAAAAACGCGAAAAAUGAAACUGGAGCCUCAGAAAACCCAAGCAAUUUUCUUGACUAGAAAACUAAAAUAUGACACACCGAAAUUGUUCCUUGAUAACACAACAAUAAUGUUUUCAGAAAGUAUAACAAUCCUUGGACUAACGAUUGAUGCAAACCUUAAUUUUAUAAAACAUAUAGAUACUGCAACGGAAAAGGCCACCCAACUCUACAAGAAAAACUCAAGAGCAGCAAGAGCUAACUGGAGUCUGAAUCCUGAAAUUCUAAGAACGAUAUACAUUACGGUAGUAGAACCUACAGUGUUAUAUGCGGCAGGAGCAUGGGGUUCAACAGCAAGUAAGCAAAUAAAAGUCAGGCUUGACAGAAUCACUAGAAUUUUCACUAUAAUGAUAAGCAAGGCACACCGUACGGCAUCUUUAGUAUCCUGCACAACUCUGGCCAGAAUUCUCCCCUUAGACUUAAGAGCUCGAGAAAAUGCCGAAAUCUACUCGAUAAAACGGGGGAAACCUAUUGCUCAUUUACCUGGCAGGAAACUAGCUAAACACAUAAGCCCUUACACGCUACCACACCCAGCAGAUAAGAUAAGUCGACAAUACGGGAUGAUUACAUCAGAAACUGACAUAAACGCCAUCGAAAACAACUGGCCAUACCUGGCAAGAAAUUUAUACCACAUCAGAUACCGGACCGGUCACGAAGAAGUUCUUCCCAAACGUGAUCCAGCCAUAUGCAACAGUAAAGAAGAAUAA